CUUGGCGCCAAUACUUUGAAGCGGUUACUAAACAACCAAAUAUUGUUUACUUGCAGUAAUAACUACGAUAGGAAUCGUUCAUUUUCCGAACCAGAUUUAACAAAUCCAUGUAAGCUUUUGAAUCGCUUUACCAUUAAAUAUCCACAUGAGUAUAUUUCGAUCGAUGAUUUGAAAUUCUUCAGACGAAAGGCAUACCCACCGGACUUCCACACACGGAGCAUAAUUUGUCUGCAGUCAAGUGAUGAACCAGCGCUUCCAUUUAGUUCCCUUAAAUCUGAGUACAAGCGGCAAUUUCGAGAUUUAAAAUUUUAUUUGAGGCCAAACCUUUUAAGACAAUCUACAUCAUUACAUUUAGAAGGCUUAAUGCAAGAUAAAUCAGAACAUCAGGAGCAAUUUCAUUGGUAUACGUCAGAUGACUUAGAAUUCUGCCGUUCAAUUCCUGCUAAAAAUUCCGAAAACUUAUUUAUGACCGGGGAUAUAAAUAUGGAACCCGAAUAUCGUUCAUCCUAUAUAUCCUACCCAAUGGUGGAUCGCACUACAAAAAUACUACCCCGUGAGGUAUUUCGUCUAGAUCCCGACCCAAUAAAUAAAAAACUCCAGCCAACAGCAGAGGGAGCGAUUGCCACCAAGAAAUCUGUCGAUAAUAAAAUAUCACGUCAGCUUGCCGCUCGUAAUCUUCAAAUGUGCCACCUACAGCACUGUGUCCCAGAGACGAAAUACAGCACUAACCCAUCUGAGUACAAACACCAAUUCGUGCAAUUUCCUAUCGAGAAAGCACACUCCAUACCACAAAUAAGUAAUCUUAAAAUACAAGGUAAAUUUGGGGGCGUGCCAGAGUAUCAAGACUGUUUUAAAAUGUAUGAGAACUAUUCGAAGAGCGCGCCUAUAAAAAAAGUUGACAAUUUACGUGUAUCUGGUGCUGAAGUGAUAGAAAAAAUGAAUGAUAACACUAAAGUGCCAGAGUAUCGUGAGAAAUUCCGUGAACCACCAAAAAAUGUGUCAAAAGAAAAGCCACUUAAAACCUAUGACCAUUUACAUCUAAACGGUCAAUUUUCGAAAGAUAUACCGGAAUAUUACGAAAGCUUUCGUGAUCCGCAGAUUAGACAGAUGCCGGAACGUGGCAAAUGUCGGGAACCAUAUCUACGCCUCAAAGGUAAAAUAGAAUUUAACCCCGAAUAUCGCAACACUUUUUCAGAUUUUCCACGUUCACGUCCAAUCGUGUGCAAACCAACCUCCACAUUUCGUCUACCAACCACAUCGGCUAUAUCCAAUUCGGUGGCUAUGAAAAGUACAAAAAAAUCGCCGUGUCGCAAAUUUAAAUCAUCUUCCCCGCAAAAAAUCGAAUGUAAUGAAGUUGUACCCAUUACGGAUAUCACCAUAACCCCGGAGUAUCGACGUGCUCAUUACCAGUAUCAGUUGCGCGAGCGCACUUCUGCGUGCAAACCAAAAGUGGAGAAUAUAGGGGAAGCUAGCAUUGGGCAUGCAUCCAAAACUAAAUAUGCAUCAAUUGUAGCGCAACGCAAAAUUUCCGAGUCAUCGGACACGUCCAGCAAACCUUUAUAUAUGCAGAAACGACGUACUUCGAGCCAUCGCCAAGCAAACAUGGGAUACCAAUAUGGCCCAGGUGGACCUACUAGUUGUGCAACGAAAAAGGUGCCAAAAUUUGGUAGACGUGCUUCUGUGCUGCAAAACACAUCUAAUUUGGAAACUGGAUUUGGGCAAGAUAACGACGAGUCUUUUGUGGUGCUUAAUGAACCAUGUAAGCAGUCGCACUGGAUGAAGAAAUCGUGGUAUGAAUCAUAAAUAGGCGAUAAGUGUAUGUGAAAUAAAUUUAUUAGUUGCGCAGUUGUAUUAACUUAUGUGUAGUGAAAAGUGUGUAUGUCUCAAAACCUAAAUUUUUAUAAAUAUUAGUUUUACUAUUUCGGAGGAGGGUUUUAUUCUAUUUGCAUCAAAUCGUGAAAAGAA